AAGACCUCUCUACCUCAUUUGUUGACUUGCACUGAGUUGUAUCAUCGCCUUCUCAAACUCCUCCGGGCCUGACUCUGAAAGAAAUGAAUUUAGAUGGCGACUGCAACAUGUCAGUCAGUUGUGGCAAUGGGAAGCUUAGACAGUGGCUGAUCGAUCAGAUUGACAGCGGCAGCUAUCCAGGACUGGUUUGGGAGAAUGAUGAGAAAACCAUUUUCAGGAUACCAUGGAAACACGCGGGCAAGCAAGACUACAACAGAGAAGAGGAUGCAGCCCUAUUCAAGGCCUGGGCACUGUUCAAAGGGAAAUACAGGGAGGGAGUCGACAAGCCAGAUCCCCCAACAUGGAAAACAAGACUACGCUGUGCCCUGAACAAGAGCAAUGACUUUGAUGAACUGGUGGACAGAAGUCAGCUGGAUAUAUCUGAUCCUUACAAAGUGUACAGAAUCAUACCAGAGGGGGCCAAGAGAGGUGCUAAGGUUAACAGUGUGGAGGACAACUCGGCGCACGUGAGCCCUCUGAACUACCCCAUACCCCCACCCUACCCACCUCUGCAGCCCACGAUGCCUAGUUACAUGCUCCCUCAUGAGCGGAGGGAUUGGAUGGACUACACGACGGUCGAGCAGCCCCAUCACCAGCCCCCCCACGCUGACCUGCAGUAUGGCCAGUGCCCUUACCCGCCCACACGAACGCUGCCCUGGCCCUCCUGUGACAACGGUUAUCAGAUUUCUGGAACCUUCUACACAUGCUCCCCCACUGAAACACACACUUCCGCCUUCACAGUGGACCCCAGUAUGAGAGCAGCCGAGGCCAUGGCCUUCACUGACUACCGACUGCACGUGUCACUCUUCUACCGGGAGUCUCCGGUGAAAGAAGUGAUCACCAACUGUCGGGACGGCUGCCGAAUCUCCUCUGCGCCUUCCUCGUCCUCCUCCUCGGCCUCUUCCUCUCCCUCCUCCCCGGGCCUGACGGAGGAGCGCUUCGGCGGCACUCCCGAGCCCGUCAUCUUCCCCUUCCCGUACCCGCAGUCGCAGCGGAGGGGCGCCGAGAAGCUGCCCAACGUGCUGGAGCGCGGCGUGCACCUGUGGAUGGCGCAGGACGGCCUGUACGCCAAGCGCCUGUGCCAGGGCCGCGUCUACUGGGAGGGCCCCCUGGCACCCUACGCCGACAAGCCCAACAAACUGGAGAAGGAGCAGAUCUGCAAGCUGUUCGACACACAGCAGUUUCUCACAGAGAUUCAGGGUUAUUUCCACCAUGGACGCAGCAUGCCGAGGUACCAGGUGGUUCUGUGCUUUGGCGACGAGUAUCCGGACCCUCAGCGCCAAAGGAAGAUGAUCACGGCCCAGGUGGAGCCCAUGUUUGCCAGGCAGCUGAUCAGCUUGACUCAGCAGCCGAGUGGCCACUAUCUCCGGGGCUACGAUCUCCCGAGUCAGGGAGCCUCACCGGCGGAGGACUACCAGAGGGCAAUGCAGCACUUGCAGGAGUGAUCGCCAAGGGAACACGGCCAGACCAAUGACAAACUGACAGACCAAAGACUCUCAAAGCAAUUUCAGCAUUUCCUUCGUCAGUUGUUCUGCAGAAUGUUUCAAGGAGACAAGGGGUUGCCCAGGGUCCCUUGUGUGUUUAAUAUUUAUGUUACAGUUUUUUUUUUUUCUGAUUGCUUAGGCGCUAUUUUUGUAAUCUAUUGGCUAUUUUUUGGGGGGAAAACUCUACACACUAACCUAUACAAAACUUUAACAAGCAAAACAUUGCAAGUGUCUUGGAAAAGCACACAAGUUUAGCAAAACUCUUAAAACUUUUAGAAAAUGGUGUUUGUUUGUGUCAAAACAACACACAACUAACAUGUGAAUAAGCACACAAAAUACCAACUACCCACUGGUCCUCAGCCCUUUCCUCUUCUUACUUCUUGUGUCUCUCUCUCCUCUUCCUUUCUCUCUCUCUCUCACACACUCUCUCUCUCUCUCUCGUUUUACUUCUUCACCACUUCCUUGUCCUCUUUCCUCUCAUUCUUUGUCAUCUUAUUCCCUAUCCAAUAUAAUUCUACACUGUAAUCCAGACCAAAUGCUUACACAUGCCUUAUUUAUAGUGCUCAAGCUCUGAUUGAAUUUGUUGUCUCAGUGUGGGGAGACUUAUUGACAAAUUGGUGGAAAUAGUUGACGCCGAUAAAAUUUGCAAACUUGGUGUAAAACAGUAAGUUUUUACAGUUUUGCGAAAACAGUGCUACAAAAUGGCAAGCUAUGUGUAAAGCAGUACACUUGAAUUGGCUACAAGUGUAAAUAGUUUCAGAAAUUGUGCUUCAAGAAUCACAGUUAGUGUUUUAAGCAUUCAGAAAAACUGUAAUAAUUCUCUAUGUGUAUGUAUGUGUGUGUGUGUGUGUGUGUGUGUGUGCAGGUGCAGGUGCAGGUGCAUGUGUGUACACAGGAUUGUUGUAAAAUGGAUUUUGAGAUGCAAGUUUAUACAAAACGUCUUGUGUGAAAACAAUGCACUGACAAUGCUAUGCAAUGACAAAUAUACUGUAUGCAGUGUGUGGUGUGUGUGUGUGCGAGCAUGUGUGUGCGUGUGCGUGUGUGUGUGUGUGUGUGUGUGUGUGUGUGUGUGUGUGUGUGUGAGUGAGUGUGUGUGUGGGCAUGUGUAGAACUGAAAUCUAAAAAUGACAUACCAUUUCCUCUGUCAAUCUUGCUGUUUUCUGUAAAUAUAGUGUAAAUUCUUUGAAACAGUGAGAUCAGUCCCGAUAUUGUAAAGUCUACGUUGAUGAGGAGGGGUAUUAUAUGGUGCUUUGCUCCUCAUGUGUACACAGAGAAAGAGAAACUCAAAAGGUCUCAUUCAUGUAGUCCCUCUCAGAAGUGGUGUGGUGAUGUUAUGAGCAGGUGACUACAGAAGGGGACGAGAAGGGAAAAUACCUUCCUCCUGUCUUGUCCGUGCCAUCCUCCAGAGAUCAUUUGAUCUGUUUCAUUUUUGUAUUGUUCUCGAUGGUGGCUUUGUGAAAAAAUAAACAGAACAUGUA